AUGGAUAAGCCAAUCCCAGCUUUUUAUGCCUGCUACCUCUUACGCUCAACGGUUCGUCACGCCUCGCUGUACGUUGGUAGCACACCCAAUCCUGUGCGCCGGCUCAGACAACACAAUGGAGAGUCGAAAGGAGGAGCCGUGCGGACUUCGCGCGACUCAUCCCGGCCCUGGGAAAUGACGUGUCUCGUCACCGGAUUUCCCAGCAAGGUAGCAGCCUUGCAAUUCGAAUGGGCAUGGCAAAACACACAUCUCACCCGCCACGUCUCCCCGAACUCUCGCCUCGCUUUGUCCAAGAUGGCUGUGCGAUUCUCCGCAAAGACGGGACGAAUGCGUAAACGCUCAGCGAGGCCUCGACUCUCCCUGACCGAUCGCCUCGCCAAUCUUCAUUCCCUUCUCCGCUCAGGCAGCUUCCAACGAUGGCCCCUCAAGGUCACCUUUUAUGCCGAUGAUGUGUUUCGUGUCUGGCAGAAGUGGACGGCGCACGAGUCUUUAAGCCUACCAGACCGUCUAGAGGUACGGUGCAAUGAGCCCUCCCGGCCACCAUCAACGACUGUCGGAGGUGACACUGACGGCGGUGCGGGAAUCUAUACUUUGGACGUGGGCUACAAAGCUCUGAAACCGCAGCUGGAGAAGAGCAAGGCAGUCCUGAGCGCUGCUCGUCCUUGCGCAUUUUGCUCGCAGCCACUAUCGUCUGAUGGUUCGAGCAGCCUGGUGUGUUCCCAAGAUCGGUGUCAUACUGCUGGGCACCUCACAUGCUUUGCCUCCGCCUUUCUAAAAGAUGAUGGCCAAGCUUUGAUCCCAAUAGCAGGCGGCUGUCCUGGUUGUGGUACAAGGUUGCAAUGGGUGGGCCUGGUCCAGGAGUUGAGCUUGCGCAUGCGAGCACCGAAGGAUGUGGAGAAGAUCCUGAACCCGAAGAAGGCUCGCAACGGGAAACAGGCUACCGACACGCUAAUGGCAGAUGGAAAGCAACUUGCGGAAGACGACGACGAGGAUAUGGAGAUUGAUGCGCCGUUGAAAGAUGAUUGGCACUAUCUUUCAGAUGAGUCGGCAGAUGAUCUGGACGAGAGACUUUUGCAGGAUCCGAGCCCUGUUUCGAAGUCAUCAUACAGUAGAGGUUUUGUUACGACUUCUCGCCCAGCGGCGUUGAUCGAAGACAGCGAGUGGGAUGAAGCCGAGGCAGUCGUAUAG